GUGUCCAGCCCGGAGCGGUGGGCGCUCACAAUAGGCGGAGACGAAGCAGGACGUGAUACAGCAGGAUUCCACUUCCUCACAGUGCUCACGCCGCUGAGCUCAGCAGCGCACACAGCGCCACCUGUCGGCGAGCGGGAGCCACGGCGCCUGUGUGCUGGUAAAAUUCCAUCCCACAGAUGAGGAGGGUGCAGAUGCAGACAGGCCCCGGUGAAUUUAUUCUAUAAGAUCUGAACACCCUCGGAAGUGUUUCCGGAAUUCCCGUCGUGUGAGCUGGAGGGAACUAGAAACGGGGCCCUGCAAACUGUAGACUGGUGUGUAGGAACGUUUGUCUGCGUCACCUAAAGGCCGCUCGGGCCCCACCCAACUCAGCACCCAGUUUGAGGAGCGGAUCCUCCUGCCACUAAAAGGUCACAGGUUGAAUGAAUGGCAAAACACAAACAGCAACACACGUGCACAACAAGUGUCACGACUCGUGUUGCUUUUUCCCGGACACGCCGUCAGAAAACCCCUCAAGCCAGCGCUGUUUGGAGAGAAAGGUUAAACAUUAACGCUGCUAAAAGCCUCCUGGAAGCUUUAACUCCCAUUUGAGGGUUUAAAAGCUGCUGUUGAAUUCUGAGGAGCCAGGAGUCAUUACGCAAAGAGGCACUGUAUCAACUUUCCCUCAGGACUUUCAUCACCAUUGGAUCCAGCUGCGUGAAGCUAAACUUUAAUAGAAGGUUGGCUGGAUGAUGUCAUAGCCACAAUUACAUAAUAGAAGCCUUCUCAUCUCUUCAGAUGUCCUGCAGGUAUUUGUGCCUGAGUAACACUAUAUGCCGUUUUACAGAAGCACUCGUUGGAUUACAGUGCUGCUUUUAAAUCUACUCCACUGGAUUAAAAAGUGAUUUUUUAUAUAAACUUUUUCUACUUUGUAUAAUUUAUAUAUGCAGAAGCUGCCUGCUUCCAUUAAGUCAGUGAAGCUUCUCCAAAGAGCUCUCAGUCUGCUUCUUAAUGUUCACAGCUGCUGAGCCUAUAAAAAAAACAUCACAUGUGAAAAUGUCACUUCCAUAUGUCAAUGCCAAAUGCUUACUAUCCUACGCCGUCCAAUUUAAUUUCAGAUUAAGAUUAAUAAUUUUCAAAAUAAUUCUAGCUCACACUGGUUAAUAGAUAGAUUUUACUCAUCGCUAGCACAGGUCUUUGAUCAGUGACUACAUUAAAAUCACUCAAAUGAUAUCAAAUAGUUGCUGCAUGUAAACAUUUGGGUUACAAACAGUACACUGAACUACUCUGAGGCUAAAAUGACAUUUUUCUGCAAGCUUCGUCCACCCUUGUCUGUCCACUCGUCUUCUUGCAUAGCAUGUAAUUAUUGCCUGCCUUGCUGCCAAGACGAGUCCUGCCUCAUCUUGCCAGAGAUACCUUCCAUUCUUCUGCUGGUCUGCAUCCCUCUGAACAUCCCCCCGGCUGCUUGUGUGCAGACUGCGCGUCUCAGCAUGCAGACCGUCGAGACCCCCCUCUGUGCGUAGGGUUCACAAAUAUCUAGAAAUGGCAGAGGACGGGCCUGAUGUUUCACAGAUUUACUUUAAUCCCCGCACCCUAAAUUGCCUCAUCGACUCUAAUUACGUACUUGACACAGAUAUUAAUCCGGAUUGGUGUCCUUGUCAACACAACGGGAAGAGUUUAAAGAGAUAAACCUGUUACAUGGAAGAGCAGUAUCCAAAUGCGCACACAAAAGAUUCCUUAAGAAAUACAUUUUAGAACAAUCACAGAUUACUAUUGUUAUUCAACAGCAGUUUAAAUGCAUCAUAAGCAUUUAUAGAAUUCAGGAUGUUAAUGUUGAUGCUAUGGCGCAUACCUACAUUUUUUUAUUUAAACCACCAUUCCUUAAAAACAACAACAGAACCAAAAAUAACCAGUUUUACAAGUUAAACAGCGGCUGUGUGCAUUGAUGAGGAUGCAGCGCCGCCUAGAGGUGGAUCCAGGCAACGUCCUGUGUUCGAAGACACAUUCAACAUGGCUGCUCCCCUGUAGACGCUCUCAGGGACGUCGGAAGAAGCUGCGAUUCUGCAGCAACCAUGGAUACAGGGGAAAUGGCCCAGUGUGCCCUGCAGAUAGAGAAGCUCCGUGCAGACAGGAGCUAUGGGAACAUCCUGACCCUCCUCUGUGACCUGGACAACACACCCGUCACAGCGGAGCAGCUGGAAACAACGGGCAUCGCCACAGUCCUCUACGGGCUCCGGAGGAGCUGCUGCCACGGCGGCGUGAAGACGGCGGUCAGGAGCCUGAUGUCCAAGUGGAAGAGGCAGUGCAGCAACGCCACGCAGGAGGGGAAGCGCUCAGUCCAGAGCAGAGACGCUGAGCUUCCUGUCAGGGACGGAGGAGCGUCCAUGCAGGAGCGUUCCCGCUCCGGUUCAAUGGCUGUGGAUGCGGACGCCUCAGCAGCAACACAAGCCUCUGCUGCACAGAGCACCUGUCCAGAGCUCUCCCCCGUAAGAACCAAAUGCGUUCAGCUCCUCCUCGGUGCCCUCGGCCCCGAAAGCCCGGAUCGGCACAAGGCCGCAGAGCUGGCGGCGCACAUCGAGCGCCACAUCCACGAGCGCCACCAGUCCAGCCAGACCAAAUACAAGGCCAGCGUGAGGAGCAAGGUGGCCAAUCUGAGGAACCCCAAAAACAGCCACCUGCAUCAGGGCCUCCGGAGCGGCUCGCUGACGCCCGGGGCGUUCGCCCGCAUGUCGGCCGAGGACAUGGCCUGCGCCGAGCUGCGGCGUCUGAGGGAGGCGUACUCGUCCCAGGGGGUGAGCGAGAGGCAGCUUCCUCGCGGCGCGGAGGGGCUGCAGACGCAGAAGGUCCGCUGCAGGCGCUGCGGGGGCUCGGACUGCAGGGCGACGCAGGUCUCCAGGGGGGCGCUGUUCCUGCCUGCGUGGGUGCGGCGGGGCGGCCCGGACCACGACGCCAUGACCUUUGUGACCUGUGGAGGGUGUGGGCAGCAGUGGUACCACAGUGGCUGGGUGUGCCUCUGAUUCAGCAUCAUCAAUGUGCACGUCUACUGCUGUUAAGCACUUUCAACAUUUAGAGCCGGUGGAGGCAGAUGGCCGCCCACGUCCAGCCUGGUUCCGCUGGAGGUUCCUUCCUCGCUAGAAAGGGAGUUUUUCCUCUACACCGAUGCUGUUAAAUUGUAAUUAUUACAAUUAAAAGCUUGCUGUAUGUGGGAAUUGUCGGGUUUAGUUAUGUAAAGUCUUACCCUGUAAAGUGCCUUGAGAUAACUUUGUUGUCAUUUGGCGCUAUAUAAAUAAAAUUGAAUUGAAUUGAA